AUAUUCUUUUUUAGGAUUUCUUUUUAUUCCCUACUUCUGCUAAACCCAGGAGCUUUUCCUUUUGGAAUUCUUUAACAUCAGCAAUAAUUUGUAUUUUUCUGUUAAUAUAUCUGGUGCUGAUUAUCCCAUCAUUUGUCAAUUACAUCUAACCUUAUUAUGAAGACCUUAUCAUUUCAAUAUGAAAUGUUAAUAGUUCAGUGGGGAGGCAUGCUGUUUGUUGCAUUUAGUUUCUUUCCUUACAUUUUUAUUGUUGUGUCCCCCAUUAACGAGAUUCUAGUUUUUUAAGAAUAUAGCUGCCUUUCUGAAGUCUAAAAUAUUUCUCAGAGGAAAAAUUACUUGGCAAGAGUAUUUUCAGGAUUAAGGUUGAUCUGGUUGCAUCCUCUCUGCCAUGGGCAGGGACACCUUCCACUAUCCCAGGUUGCUCCAAGCCCUGUCCAACCUGGCCUUCAACACUUCCAGGGAUGGGACAGCCACAGCUUCUCUGGGUGCAAGUUGGCAGCUCUUCUCCUGCAGCUGCUGCAGGGUUUGCUGCUGAAAUGCAGCCUGAGAGGCCGGGAGGUGUGAGUGCAUCUCCUGUUUCAGGUCUGCCCUUGUGCCUGUGUCCCUGGGAUCCUGCCCGCUGUGGUCCAGCCCUGCCCCGCCCAGGGUCAUCUCUAAGGGAGUCAGGGCUCUGCCACACACACACACGUUUCACAGCAUCAGCCUUCUGAAAUGCAAAAAGCACUUCCUUGAAAAGGAGGGGAAAACUCAGGGAAACUACCAAAAGUGAAGCAGAGGCUGUGUUUUUUUUGCAGUGGCAAUUAUGUUAAGUGAACUGCCUGUAAAGACUUUGCAGUUUGAAGUGGCAGGUUGCGUAUUUUGCACAGACAGGAUUGUUAACGUGUGAAACAUGCUAAAAAUUGACCAAUAAAGGCACCUGGAUAUUUCAAACAAAAAUAGUGUGUACCAAAAUAGCUACAGAGCAGAUGGCCUGGCUCCACACACACCUUGCUGACCAGAAUACUCGAGCAACAUGCACAGCCAAAAUCUCAGUCUUCAAAGCUGAUCAUCUGCAAAGGCAAGGGUUAUCCUCAUGCUGCCCUUUAUCUGUCAGGCACAAACGCUCCUGCACAUGUUAGUUAGUGUAUCCUAGAGGGAUAAUGAACCCCAGGUUUUUCUGAACUUGCUACUACCCCAGCAAAGCAAAUCACCUGUUCUAGAGCUCAGGCUCUCAAAAGUCGGUGAGAUUAAAACAACUGUGAGCUGAAAUCUGAGCUACAGUGGAAAGAUCCCAAAGCACAGAGGGCUGGGUUUGCCAGCCCGCUCUCAGUACUGCCUGCCACUGAUAAACAGGCAACUCAUUCUGUUUCUCACUCUCAUUUUUUACCUUGGAUGCUAAGGCCAAACAUCUCAAUUUCUCAUAUUAACCGGGAUGUAACAAUUUUCAUGCCUCUUUGUAUGGUUCAACAGAUGUGAAAGGGAAUUAUCACUUCAACAUGAUAUCAAGACUCUUUUUUUUUUUUUUUUUUUUUUUUUAGCUGAUGGCAGAUUACUAAGUCUGAAUUCUUGUUUAAUUUUAGUGUGUUAAUUGAUGGAAUAAUGAGCAUUGAUUAUAUGUGUUUUGGCUUCGUCAUUGCAAUUAUAGGCUCUGUUUUAUUCAUGAGCCAGUCCUAAAGAAUGCACUAGAGAUCUAAGACAGCUUAAACCUCUCAGAAAAAAGGCUCUGAAUUGUUUGAGUAAUGACACUCUUAGAUGGAAAAUUAAAGGUUUUCUUUUCCCAUGCUUUUUAAGAUAAUUAAAAUCCAGGAACGGUAAGGUGGUGAACAUCCUUAUUCAUUAGCCUUCAGUAAUUUAGCUUCUACUAAAUGAGGAAAACAUUUUAAUUCUCUAGGCCAUCUGUUGCAGUCUCCUUUGUGUGUCCCGUUACAUAAAGUCUCAUCAUGGAUAGUUUUAACAUCAGUAUUUUAUCCUGUCACCAGGAAUGAUGAGCUGGAUGAGGCAGUUGAAGUCACCACCUAUUAACAGACCACCCUGGAAUUAAAGUGGCUGCUUUGUCUUUUAAGUUGAAGUUAUCCUGUCUAGACACUUCCAGGCAAAGGAUCCGCAGAGAGGAGCCCGUGCAUGGAGAUAGGCAGUGUGACAAGCUGUGUUUUCUAAUAGCAACAUCCCUGCCAAUAAAUAACAAAGUUCAUUGGAGCCCUUCCAGUUCCGCUAAUGUGCGACUGCUCUGCCAUAUGGCUCCGUGCUGCUUUGGGGAGCAGCUCUCUGCUUGGCUGGGAACCACAGCCCAGGCCCUGCUGGGCGCUGCUCUGGAAGUGGUUUGGAGGCAGAGCAGGUCUCUUUGCACUGGGACAGGGAAAUAGAAUAAAUAUUAGAGUGUGCUCACCUAGGAUAAAAGCUGGAUGAGGAACUAAGAAACACUUGGAUCCCGACUCUGGCUGCAGGAAUAACUCACUUUAUAGCUUGGGGCAAGUUACAUUAUCCCACACUGGGAAAGUUUCUCAUUAAAAUUAUAAUUUGUAUAGAUGAAUGGAUGCAGUGUCAAAGUUAUUCCUGAUGCAAAGUUACAUCCCUACAGAUCUAAGAGGAUCCAGGUUCCAUUAUGAGUUGGGUUUGUUUCUGUCAAAUUCCCCUGUAAAGUACAAGCCCCACAACUUACCAGCCCAGCAGUGCCUUCCAGAGGCUGCUGUAGACUGGUGUGUUUACCUGGCUCCAGGAUUGCCAGGUAGUGUUUACAUUAUUGAUAGGCAUGGCUACAAGCAGGCUGCUUCCACGGGGCAGAGCUUCCAUCCACCUGCUUGCUAUUACUCAGUUGCUUGGAGAUCACAAACACCCUGGCCUGGAGAUGUGUGGCUGCAGAACAAGUGUUCCCAGUGGGAAGCAGAACGCAGUCAGUCAGCCAGCUCCUGCUUCCACCAAAAAAGGGGCUCCAGCUGCUGCAGGCAUGCCCAAGGGUGUACCCGUAGCCAAGCAGCUGGCAUCAAUAAAAGCUCUAAGAAAAGGCUCAGACCUUGAAAAGGCUUUUGCUACAGCAGCUUUGGUGUAUAACAACUAUGCUGAUCCUGAGAGCAAGCUCAGCAAAUCUGAAACCAAGAGCUUACUGCAAUCCCAGUUCUGGCAUUUCAUACAGGGCCAAGAAAACAAACCAAAAUACCAGGAAAUAAUUUCUUCCUUGGAUGAAGAGUCAGAGAACAAAAUUAAUUUUGAAGAUUUCAUGAUCAUGUUAGUCAGUCUCACUCUAAUGUCUGACCUGCUGCAGGAGAUCAAAAAUGUGAAAACCACAAAAUGAUCUGUGAUUUUAUAGAAGAAAUGGCCUGGCACCAUAUGAGGAAAGCAUGAGUGAGGUACACACAGAGAUACCACUGUGUACCUGGAUACCCAGUGCUGGUCCCUUUUAAAUGGAAUAAAGUUGUGUCCAAACCUGG